GCGAACAAGAGGCAGACGGCUGAUCCGAGCGACAAGCCCAGGGCGAGACGGAAAGGCUUUGCUUGUCCUGGGCCCGGGAUCCUCCUUGGGAAGGUUUGACUUUGUCUUCCUUAUCCAUAAUAUCCUUCUUUUCUCCCAAAUCCCCAUCACUCGAACCCGCCUCAGGCUUCAGAGCCAUUGGGUCAAGGCUUUGGCUGGAGCCCAGGCCUGCCUCUGCCUUGCAAGGGAAGGGGACUAUUUUUGGGACGGCUCUUUUGACGCCAAGCCAGGAAACAGCAGCAGGAGGAACACUCGACCUGUAAAGCCUAGCGAGGUGGAAAGGAUUUCCGAUAUGGCAACCGGACCCUGUGAAGCCUUGGAAAGGACGGAGGAAGCCCCCCAAGAGAUUCCAAAAGGCGAGCUUCGGAAACAACUCAAAGAAGAGAGCAAAGAAGAUACCAAGAAUCCUCCAAGCCAAGAAGAGGUACUCAGCACUCCCAAUGGCAUAGGCAGGGGAGAAGCGGAGAAACUCCACGUCGUAGAAAAGGACCUGGAGGAGUUUGUGGACAGUGUGACGGAAGUGGCCCAACCGGCCCGCAUCCCCCCGAAGCCAGCCCAGCCACCCCCGAAGGCUCCAGCUAAGUUGCCCCGAGCUGAACAAGUGGCCGAGAAAGUGCUUCGGGCGGAAAAAGUGACUGAAAGGCCACCACCACGAGUGGAGAAAGCACCGGAGAAAACACGGCCCGCGGGCCUUGCAACUCCCAAGACCGUCCCCGUGAAGAGGAAAACAACGGCAAAAGAGACGCUUCCGUGGGAAGGACUGACCCUCAAUAAAUGUCUCGUUGUGGCCUCUUUGGUGGCCCUGCUGAGCGUCAGCUGCCAAGUGAUCCAAGAUAUAAUUGAUUACAGCGAGAACGUCCUCAAGGCAGAACUGGAGGCCUGGUCCCAGCAAGAGAGUAGCAUUGGCGAACUGGAUGAACGCUGGUUUUACGAGAAGUGGUUCGACUGGUCGGAUACGGAGGAGCCACCAGAUAUAGAGGAGGAAGAAGAAGAAGAAGAAGAAGAAGAAGAAGAAGAAGACGAAGAAGAAGAAGAGAUGGUGGAAACGGAAGAAGAGGAGAAGGAGGAAAUGGAAGAGGAGGUGGUAGCAGAGAAAGGAGAGGACGAAGAGGACGAAGAGGAGGAGGAGGAGGAGGAGGAGGAGGAGGCAGCCAGGAAAGAACCAGUGGCCAAGGGGCGGCCCAAGACGGGCCGGAAAGAAAAGCCGGCCAAAGAGAAGAAGGUCAAAGGUCUCAGGGCCGGCCUGAAAGAAGAGGAAGACCGCCACAGCAAGAAGAAGGGAAAAGAGGAGAAAGAGGAGGAGAGCAAGGCACGGAAGCGAACACGGCGCCCAAAAGAAGGAGGAGACGAGGUCGAAAAGGGCCGCCGCAAAACGGAGAAGGACUCCAAAGCCCAUGAGCGGAAGGAGAGGAAGCCACGGGCAACAGAGCGGUCCUUCUUCCCUUCGCACAAAGUGGGGAAGCCCAAGGGGCCGGAGGGCAAGAGGCGGGCCUGAGGACACCCUCCCUUUCGCCUUUUCUGACCUCAAUUCGGGCUGGGACAUUCCCACUGGUUAUUGUUUUGGAAAAUGUCCCAGUUUCUCUUUCCUCCUACCUUCAUUUGCAGCUCAUUUCAGUUGCUGCAAGCGCUCCUUGAAGGACAAAAGAGAGCCGAUUUCGCCCUUCCCAAAGCAAAGUGCUGCAGCCUCUCCUAUGUUUGGUGUAUAUGUUUCUAUCCUCCUUCUUGACCACCUCCUGAUGUUGUUUGGCCACACAACUUAAUGAAUUUGCAUAUAUAUGUAUGCUUUCUCCCUUCUCCAGCUCUGAAAAGGAUUCCUUCACUAUGUCCCCAGUGCUAAGUUGCUCCUAGAUGCUCCAGCCCUCCAUUGAUUACCAUCUAUUAUUAUAUAGAUAGCCAAUAUAUAUGUAUGUAUUAGCCAUCACUUGGCUGCUUUCCCCCUUCUCCAGCUCUGGAAAGAACUCCGUUGCUACGUCUCCAGCUCUAAGUUGGUCCUAGACGCUCCAGCACUCCAUUGAUUACCAUAUAUACAAGAUAUGUGUAUGAGCCAUUGCUUGGCUGCUUUCCCCCUUCUCCAGUUCUGAAAAGGACUCCUUGCAGUUGAAAUACCACAAUGAUUUUACAUUGGGUACCAAAGGGCCUGUGUGCCAAGUUUGGUCCAGAUCCAUCACACCAUGUAAGAGCCUUUGUGGGACAAACAUACCUACCUACGUACUUUGACUUUUAUAUAUAUCUAGAUUUGAAUCUCUUUGGAUGUAGAAAGGGAUGCGGAUUUUGGGGAGCAAUCUGCUUCUUCUUGCCUCAGACUCCUAGUAACCUCCAACUCACAAAAUGACCUCAAAAGGGAUGUUUCUCCCCAUUUUCGGUUUACCUUUGCCUCAGUUGCCUCAUCUCUUUUUGUGUUGAAUUCAGAUAUAUAAUUGGAAGCCUUGUCACUGUUUAUAACCCCAAAAGCUCAAACUUCCGAGAAGCCACUUUUGGUUGACUUCUAGGUUUCCUCCUAUUAAAUUGGGAGAAUUCUCGUAUUCCUUUUCCUCUUUCGUCUUGCACAAAAUAAAGGAAAUAUUUCUCCUA